AUGGCGGCCCCCAUCCUGAAGGAUGUAGUGGCCUAUGUUGAAGUGUGGUCAUCCAAUGAAACAGAAAAUUAUUCAAAGACAUUUACAACACAGCUUAUGGAUAUGGGAGCAAAGGUUUCAAAAACUUUUAAUAAACAAGUAACACAUGUUAUCUUCAAAGAUGGCUACCGGAGCACUUGGGACAAAGCGCAGAAGAGAGGUGUAAAGCUCGUUUCAGUGCUCUGGGUUGAAAAAUGCAGGACAGCCGGAGCACACGUUGACGAAUCAUUGUUCCCUGCAGCUAAUACGAAAGAACACUUGCCAAGCCUAAUUAAAAAAAAGCGUAAGUGUAUGCAGCCCAAAGAUUUUAUUUUUAAAACACCAGAAAAUGAUAAGAGAUUUCAGAAAAAAGUUGAGAAAAUGGCUGAAGAGCUACAAAGGCAAAAAACAAGUCUAGAUGAUGACGUACCUAUUCUCUUAUUUGAAUCUAAUGGUUCAUUAACAUACAGUCCCAGAAUGAAAAUUAAUAACAGUCACCACAGCGCAAUGGAGAAGAGAUUACGAGAGAUGAAGGAGAAAAGGGAAAAUCUUUCCCCCACUUCUUCCCAAAUGAUUCAGCAGUCUCACGAUAAUCCAACUAAGUCUCAGUGUGAAGCACCUUUGAACAUUUCACAUGAUGCUUUAUGUUCAGAUGAAUCCUUCGCUGGUGGCUUACACUCAUCUUUUGAUGAUCUUUGUGGAAACUCAGGAUGUGGAAAUCAGGAAAGGAAGUUGGGAAGAUCCAUCAAUGACAUUAAAAGUGAUACAUGUAUUUCUUCACUUGUAUUGACAACAAAUAAUAUUCAUUCAUCACCAUCUUUUACUUACCUUGAUAAAUCAAGUCCUCAGAAAUUUCUGAAUAAUGUUUCAAAUGAAGAAAUGAACUUGCAAAGAAAUGUCGUAGGCAAAAUAGUCACCCCUGACCAAAAGCAGGCUGCAGGCGUGUCUCAGGAGACGGUUGAAGAGUGUCGUUUGUCUCCUAUGUUACCUUCAACAAAAGGCCACCUGUCAAUACGUUCAAGACCCAGGAGUUCCUCGGUAAAGAGAAAAAGAAUAUCAGAUGGCUCCCGUUCACCUCCGAAGGAAAAAUGCAAGAGAAAGCGGAGCGUCAGGAGAUCUAUCAUGCCAAGGCUGCAACUGUGCAAGUCACAAGGCAGCCUGCAGCGCAUGGCCAGAUCUCAGCUCCAGGCUGUUAGCUGUGAGGAGUCUUCAUAUGAUGACUAUUUUUCACCUGAUAACCUUAAGGAAAGGAAUUCAGAGAACCUUCCUCCCGAACCUCAGCUGCCAUCAAGCCCUGCUCAGUUCAGCUGCAGAAGUCUUUCAAAGAAGGAGAGAAGAAGCAUAUUGGAAAUGGCAGAUUUUUCCUGCGUUGGUAAAAGAACCAAAACAGUUGACAUUACCCGUUUCACAGCAAAAACUAUCUCCAGGGCUCAGAAACCUGCAAAUGGUGAAGGCCAUGCAGCUUUGAGUUGCGUGACUUCUGAGGAAUCCUUUGCCCCUGAAGAAACCCUAAGGUGCGGUAGACAGGCUGGGCCUCAGCAGAAAGAUGACGCAUGCCCAGGAGGAAAUGGCCUUUCUUACCCUGCUGAGGACCCUGCUCUUCGAAAAGGACAGGAUGGUGAUUUAACUCCUUCGGAAGGAAGCUUGGAAGAAGUGAAAGAAGCAGUGUGUCUGAAAGGCACAGAGAACGAAGGCACCACUUCCAAAAUAUCAAACUCCUCUGAAAGCAAAGCCCAGAGUGAACAUGAGCCGCAUUUUGUAGUCGAUUGUAACGUGGAGAGGUCUACAGAAGAAAAGGGAAACUUACCCAGAGGAAACCCUGGAAGUGUUAAAAAUAGACCAACAGGGCAUGAUGUUUUAGAUGGCUCAUGUGAAGGCUUUAAGGACCUCAUCCAACCUCAUGGGGAAUCGAAGAAAAGCGAGAGAGGCAAAAAGCCAACAAGAACAUUAGUCAUGACAAGCAUGCCAUCUGAAAAGCAGAACGUCGUCAUCCAGGUAGUGGAUAAAUUGAAAGGCUUUUCGAUCGUGCCAGAAGUCUGUGAGACUACGACUCACGUGCUUUCUGGGACGCCUCUUCGUACCCUGAACGUGCUGCUGGGAAUUGCGCGUGGCUGCUGGAUUCUCUCUUAUGAUUGGGUGCUAUGGUCUUUAGAAUCGGGUCACUGGAUUUCUGAGGAGCCGUUUGAACUCUCUAACCACUUCCCUGCAGCUCCUCUGUGCCGAAGCGAUCGCCACUUGUCUGCAGAGCCGUACCGUGGAACCCUCUUCGCUGACCAGCCGGUGAUGUUUGUCUCGCCUGCCAGCAGACCCCCGACGGCCAGUCUCUGUGGACUGGUCCACCUGUGCGGAGGCCGGGUCAGCGAAGUCCCCCACCGGGCUAGCAUCAUCAUCGGACCCUACAGUGGAAAGAGGAAAGCAGCCGUCAAAUACCUGUCGGAGAAAUGGAUCUUAGAUUCCAUCACCCAGCACAAGGUCUGUGCCUCUGAAAACUACCUGCUGCCACAGUGA